CUGGGUGUGCUGCCCUAGGAAAGGAGCUGGUCAGCUGGGACAUGUAGUGCAGUCUGCACCAAUACCAUGUCUUCUGUCCCUGCUUCUGGAGGUUCCUAGGUCAUCUUCUGAUAUAAUUGUCUCCAAGGAUUGCUACUGAAGAGGCUACUGAAGAGUUAUGGUUUUUUUUGGUUUUUGUUGGGUUUUUUUUGUUCUGCUGUAGAGCAUCUGCUGGGAAAGACCUGAACCAUAACUGGUUUUCUUAGCAAACAUGUCUCCUGUAUCGCCUGUGCCGUCGCAUGUCGGUCCGUCCUUGAAGAAGUGCAUUUGUCAGCUGUGCUCCUGUGGAUGUCACCGUUGUCCACACCUGCCCACCACGCCCUAUGUGAAGAGUGAGAAGCCAUGCAUGCUGUCAGAGUACAUGGAGCAAUACCCCCUUCCUCCCACGGCUCUUCCCAGAGACUCCUGCAAGCCAAAGGAAGAGUACAAGAUGGCGCAGAUACCCAUGGAAGGCAUCUCAACUACAAGGAGAGAUUAUAUACCUCAUGAAGUGUUGCCACAGAAACUGAAAUCACCUCAAAGGCACGUCAAGACUGACAGUAUGGAUCUGACCUCCACUUAUAAACAAGAUUAUAAUUCCUACCAUAUUUCUCAAGUACCUCCAUGCGUCCCCCGUGUGACGAGACACAUUCCCCGCGACAAGAUGGAUAAAACAACCACUUACAACGAUGACUAUGUGCUAUGGAAUGAACCAAAGGCAGAGAUGAUCAGACCAGAUAACAGCUUUCGCCCAUCAGAAGAAAAAUUUGACUACACAACCGUUGUCCAGGAUGACUACCUCUACUGGGGGCCAGUUGCCACUCAAAGCUGCAAACCUCAGAAUCUGCUGCAGAAAAACAAGGCUCCCUUUCAGAAUACAACCAGUUAUAGAGUGAAUUAUGUGACACAUCCUCUGGAGAAACCUUAUGUCCAUAAAUAUGAGAAAUACAAGGCCAAUGAGGUCCCAUUUGAUGGUCUCACCACCCACAAAAUUUCUUACAAGAGACUGGAUGGUAAGGCAGCCACGCUGGCAAAGCCAGAAGAGCGAAAGAUUCUCCAUGAUCUUCCAUUUUCCUCUAUGACUGAGUUUCAGGAAAAAUACCAAGCUUGGCCACAGCCUCCUAUAUUGUCCAGAAAACCUGAUGCAUAUCUUCCUCCUCUGGAGAAAAUGGACCUUCACACCACUACUCAGAUGCAUUACAAGUACUCAAAUGGCAAGCCAGCCAAGCCGUGUCGAUCUUUGCUCCAGCUUAAAAAAAGUACUGACCCAUUCAAUACCUCUUCUGUAACGAAGGAAGACUAUAAGCCUUGGCUGAGCAAGAGGCUGAAACCUAUCAUUCAUGCUCCAGAGCUGACUUUCCCAGCACAACCAAUGGAUUGCUUGACCACCUUUCAAAGCCAUUACGUGCAUCAUCCACUCUCAGUUACAAAGAGCUAUAAACCUGGCUGGUCAGGCCCAAAGCAUGACACUCCGCUGGAUGAUAAAACCAUCUACGCUACCACCUACACACCAAAGGCCAUUGUUAAAUGCUUGGCUUCUUACAAAGACCCACCUGGUUAUGUCUUUGAGGGAAAUGAUGCUGACGGUCACAAUCUCUAUCUGCCUGCUUCCGAGAGCGAGUGCCUGCAAGGUGACCACUGAAGGUAAAAGAGAACGGAUGCAGCCUUCUUGGAAAUGGAGUCAAAGGGUGAGGCAACAGUGAGUUACAAAUGACAGCUUGGUUUUGUAACCUUC